AUGAUAUCCAACGAGGCUGGAUACACCGCUGCCAAUAACGAAGACAACUCAACAUCCAAUGUGCCGUCCUUGACCCCGGCUCUCAUCAAGAGAGGAGUUCAGAUCAGUCCCCUUGCAAACUGCAACGACCAGUCCACCCCAGUUGAGCAUGUCAAAAUCAUCGACAAACAGUCAUUUGAGUACGUGAUUCGAUCCGGGAUUGCCGGUGGUGUGGCAGGAAGUGCCGCUAAAACAUUAAUCGCCCCAUUAGACAGAAUCAAAAUCUUAUUCCAGACCUCCAACCCAGACUUCUUGAAGUUCAGGGGGACAUUCAGUGGGCUAUUCAAAGCUUCAAAACAGAUCUGGGUCAACGAUGGCGCAUAUGGACUUUUCCAAGGACAUUCAGUCACUUUGUUGCGUAUUUUCCCUUACGCUGCUAUCAAGUUUGUUGCAUAUGAACAAAUCAGGACGAUAUUGAUUCCUAAUGACAACUACGAAACCGCAGUCCGUCGGUUCUUGGCCGGUUCAUUGUCGGGAUUAGCAUCAGUUUUCUUCACUUAUCCCCUAGACUUGGUAAGAGUGAGAAUGGCUUUCGAUACCAAGCAUUCGAGUGACUCGAAUUCGUCAGCACAGCAUAAAAGAGGACGGUUGGUUUCCACUGUACACAAUAUUUUUAAGGAAACUCCGCCCCACAAGGUGAAUGAUCCUUCAUGGUUGAAAUUUCUGAGACAAAUUCUUCCUCCUUCGUUGGUGUCAAUUUCAAAUUUCUAUAGAGGAUUUGCACCAACUAUUUUGGGAAUGAUUCCCUAUGCUGGUGUCUCAUUUUAUACACAUGAUUUGAUCCAUGAUGUAUUCAGGUCCAAAUUAUUGUCGAAAUAUACUGUCAAACCGGAUAAUUCUUCUUCCGCCGAGUCGAGGAAGAAUGUGGUAAAGGUGAAGGAAAACGUCAACUCAAGAGAUUCAAGAAGACCCCUCAGAGCUUAUGCCCAAUUGAUAGCAGGUGGCUUAGCAGGGAUGUUUUCUCAGACGGCAGCCUACCCAUUUGAAGUUAUUAGAAGAAGAAUGCAAGUUGGGGGUGCUAUCAACAAUGGUCAGUUCUUAUCUUUCAAGGAUACCCUUAAAUUGAUUUUCAAAGAAAGUGGAGUUAGAGGGUACUUCGUGGGCUUGAGUAUUGGAUACAUGAAAGUUAUCCCGAUGGUUGCCUGUUCUUUCUACGUUUAUGAAAGGGCAAAAUUGGCUCUUAGUAUUUGA